GCCGUCGGGGUCGCGGUUCCUUGCCGUCCCUCGCUAACCCUGACCCCGCGGGCUGCCCCGCCGCGGCGGGUACCUUCCCCCGGCGGCCGGGCGCCCCAUGUCGCCCUGACCUCGGUGGCUGCUUAGCGGCUGCUCAGGCAUCGGCGACCUCUCCUCCGCCCCGGGGCUGUUCGUCCCUUUGUCUCCCGGGAGAGGGGAGCGGCAGCCCGUGUUCCCACCCGGGUCGCAGGGCUGUCCCCGUCUCGAGGGGUCGCACGGAGGUGUCUCCGCCGCGUUUGGGAGAGGCACAAGUGGCCGCGGGUUGGCCGCGGGUGGACGGAGCUGGAGGCGGCUGUCAGGCGCGGCUUCCACUCGGGCAGUCAGUGUCCCUGCCCCCUGGCAGCUGAAACGAGGCGCAGCUGCAGUGCUUUGGCCUAAAUUAAAAUGGGUCUGUGGCUUUUCUCUUUCCAGGUGAGUGUUGCUCCAUUUCUGGGCUUGGGAGAUGUGGGUGUUGGCAAAUCAGUAAAGCCUGCUGCUUGGGCUGCCAGCACUGCUAACCCUCCAGAACCAUUCCUGGGAUUUCUGGUAUGAUAUUUCUAGCCUAGAUAGCUCCUUCAGAUUACUGCUUCUGUUGUGCAGUUAUGGUGGUUCAAACCUUUUCUUGCUUGGGAGCCUUUAUGGCCAGGGUGUCCUGAGCCUGCAGCUGGGCCUGGGAAGUGAGCCACCUAACUAACCCAGUUGGGCUGGGGUGCAUGGACACCGCUGCUCCUGCAAGUUGCUGGCAGCCCUGAGCAGUCAGUACAGCAGGGACUGAGGACUCCUGGAUUACUGCUGCGUUUUUGGGGCUGGCUUGGGGAACUUGCACUACUGGAUGCCACCAACCUAUCAGUUUAGGAUGAUCCAGCGGCACCAGCUGGUGCAGUCUGUGCUGCAGGAGCUGCAGGAAGCCACGGAAUGCUUUGGUCUGGAGGGCCUCACCAGUGCUGCGCUGGAGGCAGAGAGGACCCUGUCAUCUUUCUCCCUGCCUGGCUAUUGUGGGAGGCAGUUCCAAGAGGAGCUGGAGGUUGACCGGGUAGCCAGGAGCCUCUAUCCUGAGGAUGCCCCCAGUAACAUGCUGCCUCUGGUUUGCAAAGGUGAGGGGAACCGCCUCUUUGAGGCUGCCAGCGUGCUGCUGUGGGGCAACCCCAGCCUCAGCCUGGAGCUGCAGGUGCGUACAGUGGUGGAGAUGCUGCUGCACAAGCAAUACUACUUGAAUGGCAUGAUUGACUCCAAGGUGAUGCUGCAGGCUGCCCGCUACUCCCUCUGCACUGAGGAGACCCCGGAGAUGACCAGCCUGCCCAUGACUAUCCUGGAAGCCAUCUUUGAUGCUGAUAUCAAAGCUACCUGUUUUCCUGGCACCUUUGCCAACAUGUGGCAUGUCUAUGCUCUUGCCUCAGUACUGCAGUGUAACAUCUACUCCAUCUACCCCAUGAGCAACUUGAAGAUCCGGCCCUAUUUCAACCGGCUCAUUCGGCCCAGGAAGUGUGGCCCACGAACCUCCACGCUCCACAUUAUGUGGUCAGGGCAGCAGCUCUCCCGGCAGGUCUUCAAAGCGCAGUAUUUUGUGGCCGUGGUUGGCCUGGAGGAGCUAGAACCCACAAUGCCUUCACCAGAGCCUCCUGUCCAGCCCAUGAAGACCCUUGAGCUGCUGAACAGUGACCCCCAGCUGACCUACUCCAAUCUGCGAGACCGGUACAACAUUACCAAGAGCACCUUCUACCGCUGGAAGCGCCAGUCUCGUGAACACCGGCAGAAAGCGGCUGCCAGGUUUGCAGCUAAACACUUCCUUCAGUCCUGCUUCCAGGAGGGCAAUAUAAUCCCCCUCCAGCACUUUCGACAAAUGUUUCCAGAAAUCUCCCGGUCCACAUACUAUGCCUGGAAGCAUGAGAUGCAGAGCAUGGUCAAUGGUGAUGCCUCUGCUCUGGCUGAGGCCCACGGGUUGCAGGAGCUCCACAGGGAUGUCCCAAAAAAAGCUGAUGUGGAUGAGCUAGUGAAUUCACAGGGGAGCUUAAGACCCCCAAGCCCUUCCCUAGACCCCAUCCAAGCAGGAAUCUUCAUGCAAGGAGCCAAGUCCUACCUGGAGAAAUGCAUUUCUAUGAACACUCUGGUGCCUUACAGAUGCUUCAAGCGCAGCUUCCCUGGCAUUUCCAGGUCCACUUACUACAACUGGCGAAGAAAAGCAAUCAAGGAGAACCCCAACUUCAAACCUCCCCAGACUCCCUUGGAUAACCAGAAACCUCUAGUGACUGGAAAGCCGUUCCUGCAGUUGAAGCCAAGCAGCGUGCCUGUUAGGAAGAGGCUGAAUGGAGACCGGCCAGCACCCAGGAGUCUCCUGCAGCUAAAGCCCUCCCUGUGCUGGAGAAAGCAGCUGCGAGAUGUGGCCAGGAGGCAGGUCCAGCAAUGGCGGCUGCCAUUCUGCAAAUACCGCCUGCGCUACCCAUCUCUCUCCUCCACAGCCUACUGGUUUUGGAAGGGCAGUAGCCAUGCCACUGGGCAGCAUUGCCUGCGCUGGACCAGCUCUGUCCAGCCAUUGAACCGGGUGACUUCCACCGUGCCUCUGAGAGCAGAGCCAGCCCUCAAGCCCCAGUGCCACAUGGAGGUAGCCACCAAGCGCCUAGAUAAGCCAGUGCCAGCCAUGCCAUACAACACCACCAUUUCAGGCUAUGCCGUGUCGGAGAGAGCCAACAGCCGGAUGUUUGUGAUGGAUGUGAUCGCCACUGCCCAGUUCAAGGCACAGGCCAAGCUGUUCCUGCAGCAGCGCUUCGAGUCGAAGACAUUCCCCACCUACAAAGAGUUCAGUGCUCGGUUCCCGCUCACAGCCCGUUCCACCUACUACAUGUGGAAGCGUGCCCUGCAUGAUGGGCUGACGCUUGUGGAUGCCUGAGCGCCGGUUGCCAGCUGGCUUGGCUAUAGCUCUGCUGAUGUGCCCUUUGGUUCUCUAGUGGGGUGCCCAGGCUAGGGCCCUGCUCUUUUGUUCCAGUUUGGUUUUGUUUUGUUCCUAGUCUCUGGCUUUCUUUUGUGUGUGGUUCAAUCAGGGAUGGGAGUGUCUUUGCAGUGCCCAUUCCUGGAGAUGGAAGGAGUGGAAGAAGACGACACUGAGCUGCCCCGGAGGAGGGGGCCGGGGCCGGGUGUUGUUGCCUCUGCUCGGAGGGUGAGCAAGGGAGGCAGUACUGUGCCAGUGUCAUGGGAUGCUGCCAGGCCUCUUGAGAUGGAGGGUGUGAAGGUGUCUCUGCCCCAGGCGCUUGCUUGAAUGAGUAAUGUGGAAGUGCAGGACAAGCAUGGAGGUGCCCAGCAUCCCCUUGGUGAGCAGAGCAGCGCUGGCUCUGCUGCUGGUGAGGAGGGGCUUGGGGAGUGCUCAGCUGUACAGGAGGAGCAUCUUUGAUCUGGGUUCUUCCCAGCUAAGGAGAAUAAAAGCUUCACUUGGGGUCAGCACUGAUGCCACCUUGGCUUUCUGCCUCUUAAUACCAGCCUCUGGCUGCCCUGAUCUUCCUUAGAGGGAGCAGAGGCUGGUAGAGGAGGGGACUUGUGUCCCUGCUGUAGUCUGCCUGCUGAGAAUGCUAAGCAAGAAGCUGGUGUCCCCUGCAGGCUCUGGAGAAGCUGUCCCUGAUGUUUCUGGUCUUGUAGCAAUAACCUUUCACACAAUCAUUUACUUUCUCACAGCUGGCAGCUGCCUUACUUUCCUAGGGUCUCUCUUCCCUUGUGCCUGGGAGAAGGCAGAGGCCAAACCUCACGUACCCAGUGUCCCUGCAUCCCCUGCACUGUGCUGCAAGCAGAACACAAUGUAGGUGUCUCCUUGCAGCAAGCUUAGAUGCAUGUAUCUCACUUGUAAGAAACCAAAGCAAUAAAGACUCUUCCAUUCCUCA